AUUUGGAAUUUGACUUUUCAAUUGUCUAUUCCUUUUUACCCGGCAAAGGAACACCAUCAGCUGGCACAUUUCUGGUCCGGGAUCAGUAUGGCUGCCGCUGGUGCGCCUAUUUCGAUAGCGAAACCUUCUGCUGAUGGCCCAGUCAACGGGAUUCUUGCAGUGAACCCCUCGGCGAUCCAGAAAGGUACAUCGGCGGGCAAUACACCAAAGACAAGCUCUAGCAGAUCGAAUGCGCCCCGAUUAAAGGUGAUAAUUAGGAGGCUUCCACCAGCAUUUAGCGCUACGGAACUCGAUACUGCUUUGGGCGAUGAGUGGAAAGUAGGAGCAGGAAAGAUUGACUGGGCGCAAUACCGGCCUGGCAAGGUCUCCAAAGAUCCGGCAAAACCUUCACGCCCUUCUCGAGCUUACCUCCACUUGACCGACACGACUCAUCUCAAUGCGCUUUCAGAACUUGUGCGCAAUACUACUUUUCACGAUGCAAAAGGCACAUUCAGAGACCCUUGUUUAUUAGCGCCACCUACAGCAGAAUUUGCUCCGUACGGACGAAUCCCGAACGGCCGUCGUCGAAAUGAUGCUCGACAGGGCACAAUAGAUCAGGAUCCCGAAUUUAUCGACUUUCUCGAAAGUCUCACAAACCCAAUUCAGAAGCCACCGAAUGUUGAUAAUUUGCCCGAAUCGACCUCAAAAAAGGAAGAGGCGGCCACGACUACGCCGCUUGUUCAAUACAUUAAAGAGAAGAAAGCCGCGAAAACCAAGGAGCCAAGUACUACUUCUAGGGGAUCGAAAGAAUCCAGAAGCGAGCGAGUUUCGGAAAAGAGAAUCCUCACAAAGAGUAGCAAGGACGCUGCCUCCAGCCAAGAGAAGAAGGGUUCGCGCGAAGCACGAGCGGAGAGGGGUGCCAAGGACCCUAUCAAGGUUCUAAGCAGGGAGGCCUCAACCCCUAGUAAGAGAAGCCAACCCUCAUCCCCGACUGUUGCCGCGGCUCCGUCCAAAGAGACAGAGAGGAAACGAGAGCGCGGAAAUGCAAGCGCCGCUGCAAAGAUACUGCAAAGGGAUUUGGGGCUUGGAAGUGGCAGUGGCAGACGUGGAUCAAAGCGGGAAACAAGCACCGAGACUACUUCGGCCGGAACAUCAUCUAGAGCGCAGAGCUCCUCCAAGCAAGAUGAACCAGCGACAAAACCUAGCUCGCCAGCGCCAACGGAAAAGGGAGCAUCCACUAGCACGAGGGCUCCCAAAGGCGAAGGAAAGCGCGCACGUGGAGAGAAGAAGACGGAAAAGAGUGGAGUCUCGUCUACUACUCCUUCACAGACACCCUCUCCAGCUCCCACUCUUUUGAAGAAGCCGGGUUCUGGAAAACCCGGAGGGGGACAAGCAGCAUCUCGGCCGGCAUCGAAGGGAAGUUCAGCAAACACAGCUUCUUCCAACGCUCCUACGCAAUCAACUUCUGCCGGUCCUACGCAAGCAUUCCUAAAACAUGCAAAUGUCUCACAAGGUAUCACGGAGCCAUUGGUAACUACAUCUAUGAGCGCAUACGGAAAAGUCACAAAGGUCGAGAUGGAUAAGCGCAAGGGAUUUGCAUAUGUUGACUUUGCCGAUGCUCAAGGCUUACAAGCCGCCGUUAAGGCCAGUCCAGUCAGCAUCGGUCAAGGUCAAGUCACUAUUGUUGAACGAAAACCUCAGGCUCGUUCGACACCAAGUGCCAAAGGAGGCAAAAGUGAGGGCCGUAGCUUGGGACAUGCAGGAGGAAAUUCAGGAGCGAUACCAGCAAAAGGUGGACGAGGUCGAGGACGCGGAGGCGGCGGCGCAGGAAGAGGAUCUGGGAAUGCAGGCGACGCAUCCACAGCGUAGCCAGCUUGAGCAUGUGCAACACAUGAAUAACUCCAUAGUAAUAUGACAGGUACUCAGAACAUAUUUUACCAUUGCCGCAUAAGGCAUCCAAUGAUACCAC